UCACUUCCAGUCAUUCUAUUCUAGUCCGGAUCUUCGUCUACAGCAUGCAGCCUAUGCCAAGGGAUUCUCAAAGAAUCUAAGGAUACCUCAUGCAGUAUCGAUCUGACUCUUAUAAGCAGUAAUCCUGGGAAUUUAUCUCCACGCGUACGACCUCUCUAGGUGCGAUCAGUGGUAAACGACUCCCGAAUAUUGAUUCUGGUGGUUGCCGGCUUUGCAGGUACUUACAUACCUGCUUUGCCAUUAUGGCGGCCAGCUUGUCUGCGGCAGAACCCGUUUUUCCUAUUACUUUUGUGGAUCUCGGGUUUUGAACGUGGACGCACAUUCAUGUAGACUGUAGAUUGUUAGUUAUUAAACAAUAAGAAAAGAAUAUGCAAAUGACUGAAUAUCAGACGUCCAAACUCUAAAAUAUUUCUUACUCACGAGCACUCGCUCUCACCUCCUACACCACAGCAGCAAUGGCACAGUCAAGCGACACGAUGCACACCCUCGUGCACCUGCAAUCUGCCGCGCACUCGCUCGCGCGCACGUCUCCCGCGCUGGCGGCGCACAUCUACCAAAGAUUCGUGGAGACGGCCGCGGAGGAAGGGGUUGUGCUGCCGGUGCAGCUUGCGCGGAUGGCGUGCGCGGGGUGUCAUGCGGUGUGGGUGCCGGGGUAUAAUUUGAAAGUGGUGAGGUCGAGUGAGAGCAGCAGCAACAACAACAGCAACAACAACAACAACGACUCCACGAAGCCUCUCAGCCAAGGCAAGAUCCUCUGCUACAUCUGUCUGUCCUGCGAACGAGUCACCCGCUUCACAUCCACAGACCCCCCCAAAACCCAACCAUCAACCCCCCUCCCCUCCCUCAUCCCACCUGCAUCCUCCACCCCCUCCAGACCACACCCCCUCUCCUCCUCCUCCUCCUCCUCCUCGCAGGUCUCAACCGCCAGCUCACCAAGAACACCAUUACAAACCGCCCCGUCCGCAGCCGACAAGGUAGCGACGGGCUCCUCGGGGAAGAAGAGGCAGAAAAUGCGGAAGCAGAAUUCGCUGCAUAUGAUGCUGGCUAAGGCGAAGGCGGAGAGAGAGGGAAAGCAGGGCGGGCUGGGGUUGUUGGAUAUGAUGAAGUCGGCGGGGAAGUAGAUGGGUUUGCAUAUAUGGCGUUUUUUUAUUGUUUCAAGAGUGGAGUAUGGUUUAUUAUUCGAUAUAGCUAG